CUCCCUUGCAAAAAUUCUUUGGAUUUAGGUCUUGGCAACGCCUUUAACCAUAAGACUCAUUCCUUUUCGAGAAAAAAAGAAGAAGGAGCUCCUCAGCUGAGGGCAAUAUCUGUCAUUGUCAAUUGUUUCUUUCUCCUUAUUAUUCUGAAUUUUCCAUAAUCAUAUUUUGAAAAUUAACUUUAUGAAAAUAACCUUGUACGCUAACGAGGGAACCUGUCGUAGUGCCGACUUCCGUUUUCAAUGCUUUAUAUCUCGAUCCAUAGAGGAUAUCGAGCUAGUAAAAAACCUAAAAAGAUUUCGGCCUAUGGUGCUUUUUUCAAAAGUUAUAGCGUUUUUUUUUCUAUUUUUUCAAACGAAAACACGGAAACCAUCCUGACAUCAUUGAAAGCACCUCGAUUAAUUGAUUCCACAUCACAACCAACAACAACUACUACCUUAGAACCUAAUAAUGAGUCCAUAUUUAGAAAAUUAUUAAUUGAUCAUGGUAUAGCAUUGUGUGGAGUUGAAAACAAGCACAAAAAAUUUAUUAUUCCAUCGAAAUUAAAUAAUUUUGGUGGUAUUAAUAUACAACUAUGUGGAUUUGACAACGGUUGUACAACUUUUUUAUUACCACUACCUGAUUCUUUAAAUGAUUUAUAUACGUUGUUCCCAAGCAAAGAUUUUUUGUGGAGUAUUGGCGUUAGCAAGGGUGUUGAUAUAGUUAAUACAAGAGCAUUAACGAUAAAACCAUACCAUGGACAUAUUGAUUGUAAAUUAGCACAAGAUAUCCAUCUCGCCCAACAAACUAUUGACUAUUUACGAUUUGUCAUUCAUCCUGAUGACAUAAAUAAUUUAUUACAAUUACAUCCAAGUCCAUUUGAUGCAGGAGAAUAUUGCAAAUUAGUCGAUUAUCAUUGCUCUAUUAUAAAAAUUGAUCAACAAUAUAUAAGCAAAAAAAGAACGUCAGCUUUAAUAGGACGUCUCUUAACAGACAAAUAUCUUUGUAUUAAAUUAUUUCAAAUGCUAUUAUUUAUUGAUCCAGAAAUAUUUAAAGUUGAUCAGUAUUCAUUAAAAGAACUUGAAAAAAUUUCAAAACAACUUUAUUUAAA